AUGGAUUGUCCUACUACUAGAUCGUCUGCCGCCAGCAGAGCCAGCAGCGUGGCUUCACGGCACUCCCAAGAGAGCCAAGAUGAAUCCACUACUGAGCCGCAGACUCCUAGCACCGCCGUAAAGAAGAAACCUGCGAAAACGACCAAGAUCGCCAGCAAGGCAGCUCAGCCCUUCGUUAAUAAUCAGCCAGAUCCUAAGGCAACAUUAACUGUGCGUGCCUUCAUCACUAGCACCCGCCUCGACCUUAUUAUCCAGCUGAAGACUGCCGCAGAACAGGCCUCUGCUGAGCGUUUCGAGCUUUUCCAGCGUCUUGAGGCCUCCGAGCAGCCCGAGGCCCUUCAGCCUCAGAGCCCCCGAGUCUCCCUCCUAGAUAAAGAUCUUUAUGGAGUCGAUAAGCCGGUUAAGAACGUAGAAGACAAUCCCUUUUUUAGCCUGCACGAGAACCUGCGUUCCCGCAGCCAGUUUUAA